GUCCACUGACGACACAAACGCCUCCGCGUGACAGCGGUCAACAGCACGGCGCUGAAGGCCGAUUCAUACUCAGCAACUGCAGCGGCAGCUUCACCGACACCAUCUAUCGUCUCAGCAGUUCUUGUCAGCCAGAGGGCAACCAAAGCUAUCAGAUGUCAGAUGACACCAAUGCCGGUGUCAUUGACAUGCGUGCCUGCAUUGAUGGGCAGUGGGGUACGAGACCAAUGCUCUUGCCGCUUGAUACUUGUAUCAUGUUGUCGGGUGUUAACUCAUAUCCGGGCAAGUUGAGUUGCGUCAGCGGGCAGCUUCGCGUCAUUCCUUUUGAUGACGCGGCGUGCUCCAUGGCGACGGCUAACGCGGAUGCCAUUGUGGAGAACCUGACGUUCGCAGUGCCAGGGACAUGCAAGAUGGUGAUGCUUCCGUUCGGCGAGCUAUCUGAGCAGUGCCUCUCACCGGAGGUCCCCCUCCUCUUUGGAGAGGCGUCGGUGUCGCAGUGCCGGCCGAAUCCUGCGCGCCUGGCAGCCAAGACGCAAAGGGCGACCGCACUGGACUUUCUGAUUGAGCAAUUGGGCGCGGACGUCUCCGUGCUGGAUCAGGAGGAUGCGACCGACGACACACCGAACCGAGUCCAAGAGAAGACACCUGCACAGGUGGCUGCGAAGCUGAAACACAAGGAGGUGUUCUGGGCGGUCAUCAAACAUGGAAGCAUUGUCACCGACCAAGACGUCUUGCCCAAGGAGGCGCAGUCCAUCCGCAACAGGACCAAGCGAGGGGUUCAGGUUCUAAGCUCGGGCUCCUUGGAGGCGGAAGGCGACGAGAAGAAUUGGGCACCCUCGGAGCUCCGGGAGCGCCUGCAGCAAAGUGGCCUGAAUCUGGGCCUCUACGGUCAUGAAGGCCACAAGAGCCUCGAGGACCUCGUCGCGGAGCUCCACACUUGCCAGAGUGAGCUCGUCACGGGCCCCGGCAAACGCAUCCAUCGUCGUGUCAAGUUGGUCAGGUUGCAGCUGCUGGCCAUCAUCGACAACAGCGUGCGGGCGCUGGUCGAGGUCCAGUCCGACGCGUGGCUGAGGGCGGCCCACCAAAAGCUCGGCAAACUGCCGUGCCGUCGAAUCCGCCAAGAUGAGACUGUGGAGGAGGCCAUGAAGGCACUGAUGCUGGACUUAGGCAUGCCGGAGCAUCUGCUGGAGGCGCCGCCCUUCGCCCUGAACUCCGCAUGUUGA